CCCCAUUCACUAAUCUCCACUAUCUCAAAUGUAAGCUAGGUGGUCAAUUGUUUGUCAAGCGAAAAAGCAUUGCAAUGGCGCGCGUUGGGUCCAGCGGAAUCGAACGCCAGGCCCGGUAUCUGUGCCAAUUUCGAUGGCGGGCCGUCGUCAAUCCAGCAGGUAAACGGGCUCGUGCCGAUUGAAUUGCGCAGGGAAGAAGCUGCAGAAGAAGGAACAGCUGCCUCGUGCUCCGAGAGCGACAUAAAGAUGGCAAGGAGGAAGCUUUUGUUGCUGUUGAAACCAUUCGACGUUUUCCCAGUCCGUCACUCCGACGCUUCUCGGAUCAUCAAUUCACAAACGUCGCAAAUUCUGGACUAUCUGGACAACCGGCGGAGAGUGCACAAGGAUGCCAUAAGGUUCUGUCAGAGUAUACUGCAGCGAAAGCCUAUCGAUUGGGAACCCGUGUUGCGAAACGAUCUGUCGCAGCCGAUACGGAAUGUGGAUAUCGUUGUUACGAUCGGUGGCGAUGGUACUCUGUUGCAGGCCAGUCAUUUUAUGGAUGACUCGAUUCCCGUUCUCGGGGUGAAUUCUGACCCCACGCAAGCCAAGGAAGUGGAAGACCUAAAUGAUGCAUUUGAUGCCACACGAAGCACGGGCUAUCUUUGUGCAGCUAAUGUCAAUAAUUUUGAACAAAUGAUUGAUGACAUUCUGGAGGAUAGAUCGGUUCCUUCAAAAUUGACGAGGAUAGCAAUCUGUGUGAACUCACGCUUGAUGCCAAAGUAUGCUCUUAAUGAUAUUUUGGUUUCGCAUCCAUGUCCAGCGGCAGUUUCUCGUUUCUCAUUCAGAAUUAAGAAAGAUGACCAGCCCUGCUCCCUGUUAGUAAAUUGCCGAUCGAGUGGCCUCCGGGUUUCGACAGCUGCUGGAUCAACAGCUGCUAUGCUCUCAGCAGGUGGAUUCCGAAUGCCCAUCUUGUGUCAGGAUCUCCAAUACAUGGUAAGAGAGCCUAUAUCACCUGGCGCAUCCUUAAGCCUGAUGAAUGGGGUGGUGAAGCCUGAUCAGGUUAUGGAUGCGGCAUGGUUUUGUCAAGAGGGGGUGAUAUAUAUCGACGGUUCCCAUGUGCGUUAUUCUAUCAAACAUGGGGAUAACAUAAUGAUAUCUUCCAAGGCUCCAGUUUUGAGAGUGUAUCUGCCUUCUCAUGUAUUGUCAUAGAGAAAUGUCUCUGGUCUCAGGAAAAUUUUUUUAGAGAGGUUGCGAGGUUGCCUGCUAGGAACUAUUGCAGUUGCAUCUGGUAAAGCUAUGUAUGAAGAGCCAGGGCAAACCAAGCUUCAGCUGGCAUUUUGAAAUCAUCGGUGAAAGCCUUUUAAGUAUAAGUGAAAUCAAGAAAUAUUCUGAUUAGCUGCUAGAAUUGUGUAUAUGGCUAUUGUAUGCCAUUCUAUUCUAGAAGUUCGUACAGGACCAUUCUUUGCGGGGUGAACUAUCUAUACUUUGUAUUGCGUUUGUUGAUACAAACUCUAGGAUUUGGGGCCAUUA